AUGCAUUUCCUCCAAAUACUACCGCUCCUAGUCACGUCUGCCUCUGCCCUUGCCUUCCCUGGUGCCGAGGGCUUUGGCAGCAAUGCCGUCGGCGGACGUGGCGGCACUGUAUACGUCGUUACGAACCUCAACGACAGCGGUGCUGGCUCUCUCCGCGAUGCCGUAUCCCAGCCAAACCGCAUAGUUGUCUUUUCAACUGGCGGCCUGAUCAACAUCAAAGAACGCAUGGUAGUAUCCAAACGCGUGUCCAUACUCGGCCAAACCGCGCCCGGCGACGGCAUUACCGUGUACGGCAACGGCUGGAGUUUCAGCAACGCCAACGACGCAAUCGUACGCUACAUCCGCAUCCGCAUGGGUAAGAGUGGAAGCAGCGGGAAAGACGCUAUCACCAUCGCUUCGGGAAGUAACAUGAUCUUCGACCACGUGAGCGUAUCCUGGGGCCGCGACGAAACAUUUUCAAUCUCCGGGACCGACGUCGGUAACAUUACCAUUCAAAACAGCAUCAUUGCGCAGGGCCUUCAGACGCAUUCGUGCGGCGGCUUGAUCCAGACGGAGGUUGGAAACGGGAUCAGUCUCUUCCGCAACUUGUACAUUGACAACAAGACGCGAAAUCCAAAAGUCAAGGGUACGAAUGAUUUCACGAAUAACGUCGUGUACAACUGGGGGAACGGCGGGGGUUACAUCGCGGGUGAUUCGAGUGCAGAGAGUCAAGCGAACAUCGUGGGGAAUUACUUUGUAAAAGGCCCCGAUACGACCGUCGCGCCAUUCACACGCGGAAACGACAAGUUCAAGGGAUUUGUAAAGGGGAACUAUUACGAUGAUAAUCGGAAUGGGGUGGUGGAUGGCGCGGAGAUUGCUGUAUCGCCCAGUAAUUACGGAGGCAUGAACAUCCAGGCUUCAAGAUUUGCGUAUCCCGCUCCUGCAAAGGUGUUGGCGGCGAGAGAUGCGUUGACAGGCGCAGUUCAAGGAUGUAGAGGCUUGGGCGAAUAG